GCAGCAGCCGUGACGAAAGUUCCGCAUGGCCUCGUAGAUGGCGCGACAGUUGCUUGCUGCGCCUGCUCGCUUGCUCCUUAUUUCAUGUGUAGCUGGUAGUAGCUGGUAGUAGGCCAUGGCGCUUCAGGAGAAUAUGGACUGUGAUAUCCAAAUUAUCGCGGAAAAGCUCGUCAAUCCGCCACCUUCCAAAGAAAAGCAUCAACCCACAGACUGCCCUGCCCCACCUCCCCCUUCGCUGCCCCUUGACUGCCCUGGAGAUCCUGCACUGCCCGUUUUAUAUAUAAAUCUCAGGUUGGCUGAAUUAAAAAAGGAAGAAGGCAAUGAACUGUAUGGUCUUCAGAAAUACGAUGAAGCAGUCAAGCGUUACACAGAAGCUAUUGAACUGGAUGGGAGCAACGUGGCCUACUACUCUAAUCGAGCAGCUUGUUACAUGAUGCUGGGGAACCACAGGGCUGCCUUGGAUGACUGCCACCAAGCCCUGCUGAGAGACCCACACAACGCAAAGAGCUUGCUGCGUGAAGCCAAGUGCUACGUCGCAUUAGGGGACCCUGCUGCCGCAAUGCGAAGCCUUCACUUGCUGCGCGAUCUGGAUCCCCAGAAUCCCGCUCUCCCUCGUGAGCUGAAAAGUGCAGAGAUCCUGCAGCACUUCCUGGAUGAAGGUGAUAAGGCCUAUGAAGCACAGAACUAUGAAAAGGUAAUCUACUGCAUGGAUCGUGCAUUGCAGCAAGCCGUGUCCUGUUCCAAAAUUGAAGUGCUCAGAGCAGAGAGUCUCGCCCUCUUGAAGCGAUUGCCUGAUGCACGCCAGAUUGCCAACAACAUUAUGCGUGCUGAACCCACAAACGCAGAUGCCAUGUAUGUAAGAGGUUUGUGCUUCUACUAUGAGGACAAUAUUGAGAAAGCUCUCCAACACUUCCAGCAAGUUUUGAGACUAGCACCAGACCAUCCCAAGGCGUCUGCAGCAUACAAGAAAGCACGUCUACUAAAGUCAAAGAAGGAUGAAGGCAACGAGGCAUUUAACAAAGGGAACUUCCAAGAGGCAUUUAACGUCUACACAAGUGCUUUAGAAGUGGAUCCAAACAACAAACUUGCAAAUUCAAAAUUGUACUUCAACCGUGCCACUGUCUGCUCAAAGAUUAACAAGCUCAACCAAACAGUUGAAGACUGCACUACUGCGAUAUCUCUGAAUGAGGAUUACCUGAAGGCUUACUUGAGGCGGGCCAAAACCUACAUGGAUCUGGAAAUGUAUGAGGAGGCUGUGCGGGACUACGAGCGUAUCUUGCGGAAAGACCAUACUCGAGAAAACAAACGAUUGCUAGAUCAGGCAAAAUUAGAGCUGAAGAAGAGCAAGCGCAAGGACUACUACAAGGUUCUUGGAAUCCCAAAGGAUGCAACUGUCGAUGACAUCAAAAAGGCCUACAGGAAGCGUGCCCUCCUACACCACCCUGAUCGACAUUCCAAUGCUUCUGAGGACAUGAAGCGGGAACAAGAGAAAAAGUUCAAAGAGCUUGGUGAGGCCUACAACAUUCUCUCUGACCCCAAGAAGCGCAUGCGUUAUGAUGAAGGCCGCGAUUUGGAAGACAUGGACAGCUUUUCUUCAGAUGCCAGCCCCCAUGUUUUUAGGACAUUCUUCGAAGCCCCUGGAUUCUUCUCCACCGGUGGUAGUUCCUUCCAACAUGAUGCAGGGUUUGGCUUUCCAGGAGGCUUCAGUUUUCAGUUUGGAUAAAUCUGAAAUUUUACUGCCAAGUGUGUCUGUUCAUAUUAUUAUAUAAAUUUACAGAAUAAACUGUCUUCAGUCUCAUGCAUACAAUACUGUUAGAUGCUAAGCAAUUUCUUGCCCUUUUUUUAAUUCAUGCACAGUCAUCUUUGCAGUAAAUGACAAUGUUCAUAAAUGGUGCAUGACGGUUUUGUGUGAAUGUCUUCAUUAGUUUUCAGACUCAUUCAGAUCAGUUGCCAACAGCCAAUAAAAGCAUUCCAUCAGUGCA